AUGGCGGGUAUUUCUUACAUGAAUAUGAUCUGGCAAUUGGCUAAUGUUGUUUCAGUAUUAGAGAAGAGUCGUGGGUUUAAAGCCUUGAAGAGAAGCAAGGAAUUGAUCAAGGGCAAAAUGGGAACUUCAUUUGCUAUGGUUUUGGUGAUACUCCUUUGUACAAUACCAAAUGCGGUAUUGGUUCAAAAAUUGGCUGGAUUUGGAACAAUUGAGAGUGUUUGUUUAGAAAUCUUUAUAGCAUUUUGGGGGACUUUAAUUACCCUCUAUGCCCUUGUUGUCCAAACAGUGUUUUAUUUUGUGUGUAAAUCUUAUCACCGUGAGAAUAUUGACAAGUCCUCGUUGGCUGAUCAUCUUGAUGAGUACCCCGAAGAAUAUGUGCCUUUGAAGACCCGACCGUAUAUGUGA